AAGUCCAUUUCGUUCAAUGCUCUACAAGUGAGAAGUUCUGACUGGUUCAGCGCUGAUCAAAAAAACUUGAUUACCUCGACCAGGAUAUCAGUUGCCACUAUCUGAACGCGCUAAAAUGGCCGCUACUGGAAAGGACGUUGAGAAGCCCGUCGCCGAGGCCGCGACUGUGCACCGCAUUCGCAUCACGCUGACCUCGCGCAAUGUCCGCAGUCUGGAGAAGGUUUGCGCUGAUCUGAUCAGCGGAGCCAAGAAGCAGAAGCUGCGUGUCAAGGGCCCCGUCCGCAUGCCGACCAAGAUUCUGCGUAUCACCAUCCGUAAGACCCCUUGCGGUGAGGGUUCCAAGACUUGGGAUCGCUUCCAGAUGCGCCUGCACAAGCGUAUCAUCGAUCUGCACUCGCCAUCGGAGAUCGUCAAGCAGAUCACCUCGAUCAACAUCGAACCCGGUGUAGAGGUUGAGGUGACCAUCGCCGACCCUUGAGCGAUUCGCGCGAGAUCCAC